GAGAUUUUUCCGUCAACAAGCGUUGAAGAAGUUGUUUGUGCCAAUUUUACUUCGUCUAGGGAUAUUAACAUUAUAGUUGCACGUUCAUCUAUAUUACAAAUUUACAAAUUUGUUGAGAGAAUUGAGAUUUCAUUAGAAGACGAAGAUAAUGAUUUGGGCCAAGAAAUAGAAAAAGAGAAGGAUGAGACGUUUCUAUUAACGCUCAAACCGGCAACAAAUCCGUCAUUCAAGACUGGUCAUCUUGAACUUAUCUCACAGUACAAGCUUCAUGGUAAUAUAACAUCUAUGGGAGUUGUGCGAACGAUUUCUUCGGGGGCAAACGGUAUGGAUAGUCUGUUAUUAAGCUUUAAGGAUGCAAAGUUGUCGCUUUUGGAGUUUUCGCUGGCGACUAACAACAUCGUCACGGUAUCUAUCCACUAUUACGAACGAGAGGAAUAUAAGCUAGAAUUUCUAGCAAAUACACGUCCGACCGAAUUGAGGGUGGAUCCAUCCAAUAGAUGUGCUGUAUUGAAUUUUUUUGGUGAUAAACUGGCGAUUCUUCCUUUUCGUCAAGAAGAAGCCUUAAAUUUAGAUGAAGAAGAGGUUGCAAGCAAGUGGCCUUAUUUACCAAGCUUUGUCGUCGAGCUGCCUUCCAUUCAAUCACGAAUUAAAAAUGUCAUAGAUAUGAAAUUCUUGUAUGAUUAUUACGAGCCGACUUUAGCCAUACUUUUUGAAUCAUGUCAAACCUGGCCAGGUAAAAUGAACACAAAUAAGGACACUUGUUCUCUCGUCGUUGUGUCACUAGAUAUUUCACAAAAAGUAUAUCCAGUCAUAUAUUCUAUGGAUAAGUUACCACAUUCCAGUGUGAAAUUAAUUCCAAUUCAAAAACCCGUUGGUGGUAUCCUCGUUAUAACAGCAAACGCGAUGAUUCAUGUGGACCAAAGCUCUCCAGGAAUUGGUAUUGCGGUUAAUGGAUAUGCAACGUCCACAACAGAUUUUCCACUUGACCAUUCAUUCGAGCAUUUAGGUCUUGCUCUAGAAGGAUGUCAUUAUGUUUUCUUAGACAAAGAUGAAAUUUUACUUUUUUUGCGUAAUGGUGACAUGUACUUAGUAAAACUGAUAAAGGAUGGACGAUCUAUAUCUAGGAUUACAAUAGAGAAAGUUGGUACUAAUACGUUGCCAUCAUGUGCUUGCCACGUAGCUCCGGGAUAUUUCUUUUUAGGAUCACGACUGGGCGAUUCACAUUUGGUUCAAUAUAAAGUUGCUAGGUCCAAUUACAAGACGGAUGGUGCGGUGAAUGGUUUUAGUAAUAUGUCGCGAAGAAAUACCUUCGAUUUUGAUGCAGAACUAUAUGAAACUGAUACAACAAGUAGUAUAAAUCUUGCAAGCAUAAGCAGCAAAACAAGUACUAAAUUUCCAACAACCUCUGAAUACAACUUCACUAUAUGCGACACACUUAUUAACGUUGGACCAAUAGUGGAUUUGGCUUAUGGCGAAUUAGCAUUCACCGAGGAAGAGUCUCAUUUACACACUGUGCAUAAAGAAUUAGAGUUGGUCUCUUGCUCUGGUUCCGGCACGACUUCCUCGCUUUGUAUAUUUCACCGUAAUAUAAAUCCAAUAGUAUCGAGCUCUUUUGCAAUGACUGAUUGUUUAAAUAUGUGGACGGUAUCAUGCAGAGAUGUCAUAUUUCAAAAUAUGAACAUCGAUACUGUGGACACAGAUUAUUUUCAUAAAUUCCUAUUUAUUUCAAAAAAACAUAGGACAAUGGUUCUUGCUUGUGGCGAAGAAUUACAGGAACUUGAGCAUUCUGACUUUUAUACGGAAGGUCCGACAGUGGCCGUUGGAUCAGUGUUGAAUGGGUCACUAAUAUUACAAAUUUGUGGUCAUGGACUCCGGCUUCUUGAUCAAGAUGGAAAGCUUGUGCAUAUAAUACCGACUCAGGAUGAUCCUGAAAAGAACUUAAUUGUAUUUGCGAGCAUUGUUGACCCAUAUGUGUUGUUAUUAUUUGACACUGGUGACAUUAAGUUAUUAAAGACUGAUGAUAAGUCAAAGAGCAUUGAGCUUUAUUCACAGUCUCCGAGUAUUAACGAUAUUCCUACUGCGUCGUGUUAUAUAUAUCGAGAUGAUACCGGUCUUUUUACUCUUGUCAAAGAUGAUGUCGUGGGUGCAGUAAACGAAACAAAUAUAAGCGGUUUUGGUGAGAACGUCAAAUCCGAAAGCUUUUGGUGCGUACUGUAUCGGCAAGAUGGCUCCUUGGAGAUUCAUAAACUUCCUGAAUUUAAGGAGGUGUUCCAUUUUCCGCAUUUUGAUUUAUCACCAGCUGUUCUCACCGAUGUUAUAACGCGACAAAAUGUAAAAGCUUCUGGACAGACUGUGGAAAUUCAAGAGAUUUUAUUAAUAAACAUUGGUCGACAAGCAAAGGAUCCAUAUCUAAUUGCGCGUUCUAGUGUUGGUGACAUCAUGAUUUAUAAGGCCUUCCGAUAUAUGCCUGGCACCGACAUAUCAGAUCCUUUCUUAAAGUCACAAUCUCAAAGCGAGUUGACCGAUCGCCUAGCUAUACGAUUUUCGCGUAUCCCUCAGGAAUAUAUAUCACGCGAAACGAUGUAUAGUGAUAUCCAUGAUAAACCUGUAACUAGAAGGUCAACUCUUCAAGAAUUGAAUGUUGAUGAAAUUGAUCAAACGAACCAUGAUGUAGAAAAGCGAAGAACUAUUCUUAGACAGAUAAAUCGACAACUGAUACCCUUCACUAAUAUAGCGGGUUACUCCGGUGUUUUUGUAACAGGUGCGAAGCCUCUUUGGUUGAUUUGUGCGCGCAAUAAUUAUCUGAGGGUGCAUCCGAUGAAUGCAGACGGCGAAAUACGAAGUUUUACACCAUUUCAUAAUGUACAUUGUAAACAUGGCUUUUUGUACACUAAUACUCAGGACGUUUGUCGAUUGUCAGAGUUACCGACUGAUUUUCAAUAUGAUAUGGAAUGGACUGUGAAAAAAGUUCAAUUAAAUCGUUCUGUUUACGGAAUCGAAUAUCAUCCAGAAAUGCAGGUCUAUGCGUUGUUAACAUCAUUACCCGUUGAAUUUCUACUGAGGGAUGAAAAUGGUGAACCUAUAGAAUUUGAACGAGAUAGUUCCCAAUUUUUACCUGAAACCCAAAAAUUUACUCUUGAAUUGAUAUCUCCAGUCACUUGGGAAACUGUAGACAGGCACGAUUUCCAUGAUGAUGAACAAGGUCUAUGUAUAAAAUGUGUAAGUCUCCAAACAAAAUCCACUACUAGUGGUCGAAAAUCAUUUAUUGCCAUUGGUACUGGAAUCUUCCGUGGAGAAGAUGUUGGUAUGCGAGGAAAUGUUUAUGUAUUUGAAAUAAUUGAAGUCGUGCCGGAGCCUGAUAAUCCGCAAACAAAUCACAAAUUUAAAUUGCUAUGUCAUGAAGAAGUAAAAGGUUCAGUAACUGCAAUUUGUGAUGUCAACGGAUACUUAUUAACGUGUGUCGGACCAAAGGAGGAACCAGCGAAACUAGUGUUAGUUGGUAAAGAUUAUCAUUCUAUGGAAGUCGGGUGCACUAAUUUUAUAAUCGAUGAGCCUGUAUUAUAUUUUGCAGUGGCAGAUAUGGAUAAAAAUAUACAUUUGUUUCAAUACGCACCUUAUAAUGUACAAUCAUUUGCUGGUCAGAAACUUAUUCGCAGAGGCGAUUUUCAUGUUGGCGCGCAAGUAAAAACAAUGUUAUCAUUGCCAAAAAAAGAAUUAGUAAGAAGAGAACAUUCUAUUGACCAGGAUAUACCUGUGAUGGAAGAGGAAACCAGUGGGCAUAAACAGCUUUGCUUAUGCGGAACUCUUGACGGAAGUAUUGGUAUGAUAACCCCAAUACCCGAAAAGAUGUAUAAACGAAUGCAAUUGUUGCACUCGCAAAUGGUGAAUGGAAUACAACACCCAGCGGGUCUCAAUCCUAAAUCAUUUAGGCUUAUGCAAUCAAAGCAACGACUAGCCAUUAAUCCAGCUAAAGGAAUUUUGGAUGGUGAUCUUUUAAUCCAAUUUCCAAAUUUAGCAUUACAUCGACAACGAGAAAUGACUAAGCAAAUUGGAACGACAGUAGAAAGGAUUUUAGACGACUUGUUGGUGUUGCAAGAAUCAUGUGACUAUUUCUAA